AUGACAGUAAUGAAUAUUAAGAAUGGUCAUACAUUAGGUGUGACUGAUAGAUUUAUUCAUAAGGUUAAACUACGACAUGAGGUAAUACCUGUUCAACAGAAACUUCGUCGUCUACCAUUUUCUGUCCGUGAGGCUGUCUCUAAAGAACUAAAGAGACUGGAACAGGAAGACAUUAUAGAGAAAACUGAUUCAUCUCCUUGGGUGUCACCAUUAGUAGUAAUUAAAAAAAAAUCAGGUGCAAUACGACUAUGUAUAGACCUUCGUGAGCCAAACAAAGCUGUGGUGAUAGAUAGCCACCCUUUACCACACAUUGAAGAAGUGUUCACACAGCUUCGAGGAGCUAAAAUGUUCUCCACCAUUGAUCUUCGAAAUGCUUACCAUCAGGUACCUUUACAGGAGGAUAGCAGAGAAAUUACUGCAUUUAUAACACAUGAUGGACUUUUUCGUUUUAAAAGAGUACCUUAUGGUCUGGCAUCAGCUCCAAGUGCAUUUCAGAGAAUGAUGUCCUUGAUACUAGCAGGGCAGGAUGGGGUGCAGUGUUACUUAGAUGACAUUAUAGUAUAUGGGGACUCACCAUCUGUUCAUGAACACAGGUUACAAGCAGUACUUCAUUGUCUUCAUGACAGUGGGCUGCAGCUUAAUAUGGAGAAAUGUCAAUGCAGAAAAACUGAACUGACAUUUUUAGGCCAUAGAAUUUCUUCUGCUGGCCUUCAGCCCAAUGUUGAACACAUAAGAGCAGUAACUGAAGCUCCACCACCUCAUGAUGUAUCUUCUUUACGCUCAUUUCUUGGACUGACUGCUUGGUAUUCUAAGUUCAUUCCAAAUUAUGCCACUGUGGUAGAACCCCUUCGUGAACUGCUUAGGAAUUCUGGAGAAUUUUCUUGGACAAAUAUGGCACAAGAAAGCUAUGAUUGUAUUAAGAAACUUAUUGCUACCAGUCCAGUGCUUGCAAUUUUUGACCCUUCAUUGCCUGCAAUUGUAACUACAAAUGCUUCGGAUUAUGGUAUUGGUGCUGUUCUUACACAGAAUCAUGGUGGAUUUGAGAAAACUGUUGCCUUUGCAUCUCGUACAUUGUCAGAAUGUGAAAGACAGUACUCUACUAUUGAAAAAGAGGCUCUUGCUUGUGUGUGGGCCACAGAGAAAUGGCGUACCUACUUGUGGGGACGUCAUUUUACCUUACGCACUGACCACUGUCCAUUAACCACACUACUUACUAGCAAGGGGCUUGGACGAGCAGGCAUGAGAAUUGCAAGAUGGUCAGCGCGACUUAUGUCAUUCAACUACAGUAUUGAGUAUAAACCUGGGCAUGAAAAUAUCACUGCUGACUGCUUAUCACACUUGCCACUGUCUGAGACAGUAUCAGAACAAGACCCUGACUUGGAAUUGGUUGCACUGGUGUCUGUUGACUUUGCUGCAGUGACUGCAGAGCAGUUUCAAAGUGCUUGUGCCUCGUGCCCUAUUCUACAAAAGGUCAAGACUUAUAUUAGUAAAGGAUGGCCUUGUACUUCAAAAGGACUUGAAUCUGAUGUUAUUCCAUAUUUUAGAAUUCAGACAGAGUUGGCGGUAAAAAAUGAACUUAUUAUUCGUGGCACUCAUAGGGUCAUUGUCCCAUCAGAAUUACAGUCUAAGAUGAUUCAGCUGGCACAUUCUACCCAUCAAGGGAUUGUACGAACGAAACAGAGACUCAGGGAUUUAUAUUGGUGGCCUGGCAUGGACUCCCAAGUGGAAGAUGCUAUCAAAUUAUGUACAACUUGCAUACAGCACGAUAAAACCGCUAAAACAAAUACAGCUCCAUUACAACCAGUGCCUAUCCCAAAUUCAGCUUAUAACAAACUUGCCAUUGAUAUUGUGGGGCCAUUCCAAACUGCACCAUAUGGCUAUUGCUAUGCCAUUACACUUAUUGACUACUUCAGUAAGUGGCCAGAGGUUGCUUUUGCUUCUGCUGUGACUUCGGAAACCAUUAUACAUUUUUUGUGCACUAUUUUCAGUAGGGAAGGAAAUCCACUGGAAAUUGUUACUGACAAUGGAUCUCAGUUUAUGUCCUCAGACUUUGAAGCAUUUCUUAGCGAUAGGGACAUCAUACACACUCGCAGUUCUGUUUACUAUCCACAAGCAAAUGGUGAGAUAGAGCGUUUUAACAGGGUAUUAAAGGACUGUUUGCAAAUGGCAAAUAUUGAAGGAAAGCCUUGGAAGUCAUUUGUUACUGAAUUUUUACAGAUAUAUCGUGCUACUGUACAUGCAGUAACACAAAAGUCACCUGCUGAGCUCUUACAUGGUCGCCCAAUGAUAACUAAAUUAAACAUUAGAGACCUGCUUCCAACUUCGCCUUUGAAGCAACAUACUACUGUGGCGCAGCAUGUACAACGGAAACAAGAACAAAUGAAAAAAUAUACAGAUAUGCGUCGCAGAGCAAAAUCACCUUCUUUCACUUGUGGGAGUUUUGUGCGUAUUAGGAAGCCGGGCAUAGUUCAAAAGGAUCACUUCAAAUUCAGUCGCCCUUAUCAGAUAAUUGCUCAGAAAGGCCCUGCCACAUACCUGUUGUCAGAUGGCAAGAUCUGGAAUGCAGCUCACCUCGCUCCAGCUACAGCUGUACAAUCCAGUCUGACUUCAGACACACAACCGGAGGAUUCAUACGUUCCAACCCGUCCAAUUCAGUCAGCUGCUAUUUCUACUGGUACACCUGGGCAGUCUUUUUCAAAUAUACGGAGAGGUAGAGUGCGACAGGCUCCGGUGUGGACAAAGGACUAUGUCAGAUAA